AUGGCAGGUGGUUACACUUGUGUCCAAUGCCUCCAGGUGCUCCGCCAGGGAGUCCGCGCCCCUACGCCCUCGGCUCGCCUGCAGACCCUCGCCCAUUCGCGUCGGAGAUAUGCUGCGUCUCCGUGGAUUCGCAGCUUUGGCUCGGGACGUCACAACCGUCCAUUGGAUAAAUCACCAGAAUUGAGUCAAGGAACUGGCAAGUCUGCCUCCGCGAUCAAGCCUACCUCUCCCCCAUCGCUUGCACACCGAGCAGCCUCCACGGCCUCCGGAUCCUCCAUCGAUUCAUCAGCUAUUUUGCAACCGGAUAACCUCUUCCAUUCCUUCUCCAAUUCUCCCUCGCCCGCGAUCCGGAAACGCGCUGCGUACAUAAAGGAACAUGCCUAUUGUCCUCACCCCGACCACCAACAGACUCGUGCCCCUAUGUCGCCGCAUGACCCGGAAGCACGAAAGACAGACGGAGCCAGCUUGCCCCCCGCCCACUCGCAUUUCGAAUGCCCUGACUGUGGUGUCCCUGUCUACUGCUCUGAGGGCCACUGGAUGGACGACUUCGAGGCUCAUUUGGAGGUCUGCGAUACUCUUCGCCAGAUCAACGAGGACGACCAUGAUCUGCACUCUGGCCGCUUCUUCCCUGAAUUCAACUACCCCGGUGUUCAGGAUGAGAACUUCGUGAUCAACAUGACAAACUGGGAUACUUUCAUGUACACGCGCGAGUUCGAGGCGGUCAAUUCCGAUCGGUCGAUGCGUCAGGUUACCCGCAUGCUCACCUACCCGCAGACCAUUGCUAGUGUCCUGCACGAGCUCAGUCCGUAUAAUGUGCGAAGCAAGAACCAGCUGACACCCGAGGGAUUGAAGAGUUUGAGUGCUCUCCGAUACUCUCUGCACCCUCCGCGUACAGGUGAAGAUGUUGACGUGAAAGGUCUGCGCCUGAAGGCCCCUCCAGUCCGACUCUUUAUCCUGGGUGCCCGUGCGGAGUCUUCUCUGCCCCGCGAAGUCUGGCUGCAGCUCCAGUACAUGUUCCCCCGCUCCCUGCUUCACCUGAUCUUCAUCGGUCCCGAGAGCAUGACCAACCGCGACGCCGAAUACCCGUUGCCAGAGCGCACACCAUCGAAUCCCUUCGGUGGAAUUGUUGAGGACCGUCUGGGUGGCCAGAUGAAGAUCACCACCUACGUUGACUACUUCCACACCAUGUACAAGGCCAACUACUUCCAACCCUUCGAUCCCUACCUUGACUGCUUCAUGCUCUUCCACCCUGGUUUGGGCCACCCCGCCAGCUCUGCUGAGUGGCAAGAAACCCUCCCACAACUGCUUGAGACCAAGGUCCCCAUUCUCUGCACUGGAUACACCCAGUGGGAUAUGGAGCGCGAUAUCAAGUGGGUCAAUGAGAAGUGUGCUGGCGAGUUCGAUAUGCUUCUCGAGCCUGGUGAGAACAUUUUCCGCAGUCUGCGUUGGGAUCUGAAUGACCAGGACCCGCAUGAUGUUUCUUGCGGUAACUGGGGUCUGUGGGGAUUCCGAGGCAAGAGAUACGAGGCCACUUUCAAGAGCGAAUAA